AAAUGCACAGUGGAAAGAAGACCCACCAAUGCUUGGAGUGUGGAAAGAGCUUUGUUUGCAGAGCAGAGCUCCUUAGGCAUCAAAGAAAACAUACAGGAGAGAAACCUUAUAGAUGCUCAGACUGUGGAAAGAGAUUCAGUCGGAGUGGCCAUCUUAAACAGCAUCAGAGAACACACACAGGGGAGAAACCUUUUGAAUGCUCAGAAUGUGGAAAGAGAUUCAGUCAGAAUAUCAAUCUUCAAACACAUCAAAGAACCCACACAGGGGAGAAACCUUUCGAAUGCUCAGAGUGUGGAAAGAGAUUCAGUCACAGUGGUGGUCUUCACACACAUCAAAGAAUCCACACCGUUGACAAACCUUUUGAAUGCGCAGAAUGUGGAAAGGGAUUUCAUGUGAAUUUCAGUUUUCAACAGCAUCUAAGAAUCCACACAGGGGAGAAACCUUUUGAAUGCUCAGAGUGUGGAAAGAGAUUCAGUCGGAGUGGCCAUCUUAAACAGCAUCAGAGAACACACACAGGAGAGAAACCUUAUAGAUGCUCAGUGUGUGGAAAGAGGUUCAGUUUAAGUGGCAGUCUUAAACAGCAUCAAAGAACACACACAGGGGAGAAACGUUUUGAAUGCUCAGAAUGUGAAAAGAGAUUCUGUCACAGUAGCAGUCUUCAAAACCAUGUAAGAACCCACACAGGGGAGAAACCUUUUGAAUGCUCAGAGUGUGGAAAGAGAUUCAGUCAGAGGAGCCAUCUUCAACAACAUGUAAGAACCCACACGGGGGGGAAACCUUUUGAAUGCUCAGAGUGUGGGAAGAGAUUCAGUCGCAGAGAAGAUCUUCAACGGCACUUAAGAACCCACACAGGGGAAAAACCUUUUCAAUGCUCAGAGUGUGGAAAGACAUUCAGUCAAUGUGGCAAUCUUCAAAAGCAUCAAAGAACCCACACAGGAGAGCAACCUUUUGAAUGCUCAGAGUGUGGAAAGAGAUUCAGACAGAGUAGCAACCUGGCAAAGCAUCUAAGAACUCACACAAAGGAAAAACAUUUUUGA